CAUCUCUAGUAUUGCCCCCCGAAGCCGUUGCUCAACCCACCGGAUGCUGCGCCCGUCUUCGCUUCCUACGAGGAAAAGCAGCCCAGGAUCAUCUCCGACGUCGCGGGGUGCUUCACAAUGAGCACGACACGGUGGACAAUGUUGUCAACGGCUUGAUCGCCGCUGGCUUCAGCGAGACAUCCAUCAAGAUCAAGGUCGUCAACUUCGUCAUGGCCUGGGAGGCUACGCUUGCUUGAUGUGAGGCCCACUGAUGGAGAGACGGUGCGAGUGAGCACGUUCCAUAAUGUCGUCCAGAUUCAUUCGUCUCUCUUGCCCUCUACGAAAGUCGCGAAUCGAUUCAGCCUUUCUUGACACUUUUUCAAGUGCACGAUCUGGUCUCCACAUCGAGCACAAGCUCGGACUUGCGCUCCAGGAAGUCUUGGACCCUGAUCCCCACCUCGCAUCAUCGCAUGACCCCGCUACCCCCUCUUCCCCGCCCUGUGUGGAAGCUAGCACGAACAGAUGCUAGCUUCGAGCAUUGGACGAGGGGAUCAAUAGCGACUAGAAGGAGGGCUCCAUCGAGGUCAGCUCUCCCCCUUUGUCGCCGCCAGUCGAGCUUGGCCGCCGCCCCAAUCGUCAUCGAUGCGCAGCCGGAUCCCAUCGAUAAUGCUCUCGCCCGACUGCGAGCCCUCUUUUCGAGCGACAAUGACCGCGGCAACGAGAACGGGGAAGAGUGGGCACGCAAACGUAAAGAAGAGGUAGAUCGUUCCCUCGAAGCCAACAAGGAGGCUUUGCGCUCUCCAAUCAAGUACGCCUCCACGAGGAAGCAACGCACGUACCUGGCACCUCGUCUACCGUGCGUCUUCCUUCACGGCUUGUUUGGGUUCUCGACCCUAUCGCCAAUAGCGAGCUUGCCUCAAUUUUCCUUUGACUAUUGGCGUGGGAUUGUUGAGCGGCUGCAACAAGGAGGAGUUGAGGUGCUCGUGACCAACGUAAAGACGAGCGCCUCGAUUGAAGAGAGGGCGAAAGACGCUCUGCGCAUGAUAGAGGAGAAGUUCCCGGGCAGAGAAGUGAAUCUGCUGGGUCACUCGAUGGGUGGGCUUGAUGCUCGGUACCUCACGUCAUGUCUCAAGGGUCAGAGAAGCUUCAAGGUGCGGUCGGUGACGACCAUCGCGACACCGCAUCGAGGCUCUCCCUUUGCGAGCUAUCUGUUGUACGACCUCAUUGGUAGGGAGAGGUUGCCGCUUCUGCUCAACGCUGUGCAGGGGCUGGGAAUCCCUGGCGGGGGAGAAGCUUUCGAGAAUCUGACGACGGAGGAGAUGGCCAAGUUUAAUCAGAGGGUCAAAGAUGAAGACAACGUCAUGUAUACCAGCUGGGGAGCCGCGUUCAAGCCGGGCUUGCUCAAUGAGUUUCGCUUCCCUCACGGCAUCAUCUGGGAGAAGGAGGGACAUAAUGACGGCCUAGUCAGCGUGGAGAGCUCCAAAUGGGGGGAAUAUCGAGGCACUCUGAAAGGCACGCACAUCGGUGAGUAUAGCCGUAACUUCACAGUAAAGAUGGCCCGUACAGCACGCAAGCCGCUGACGUUCCCUCGCUUUCUCGUCGGCAGACCUCAUUGGGUGGGGCAACGCGAUCCAGGCCCAAUGGGCCAACCUGACCGGCUCAGACCCACCAUUCGACAGCCAGGCGUUCUACCUGACCGUCUGUGAAGAUCUCGCCAAGGCUGGACUGUGA